AUGGAUGUGGAAGUUAUAGAAUCACGGGAUGAAAUCCACUUGGAUCCCGAAAACGAGGUGAGUGUUGAAGAAGCUGAUAUAGAAUUGGAAAGCGUGGGGUCUUUGCUGGAUGACGACAUGGAACAGCCAAUCGCGGCAACUGUGUCUGAGCAAGGGCAACACAAGGAUAGCGUGGAGGAAACAAUUGAGGAUGGCGAGAGUGAGCUUGAGUACGAGAGCGACGAGGUGGAGUUGGAAGACGAAGGAAAUGAGGAUGUGUUGGAGGAAACAGAAGAACAAGCAAAGGAUGAGGUUGAAGAUUAUACGGAAGAGAAGGAUGAGGUGGUGGGGUUGACGGAUGAGGAAAGUCAGGAGCACGAUGAGCUGGAACAAUUGGAUCAAACGAAUAAUGCGACGAAAGAAGAAGGUGAAGAAGGUGAAGAAGCAGACGAGGAAGAGGAAGUCGGAGAGGGAGACGACCUUUUGGAAGAGACAAACGAAGAGAAUACAAACGUUCCCGAUUCGCUGCCCAUAUACAUCGACCUCGGAACAGAAGUUUUCAAGCUGGUUCAGCCUGCUGUUCCAGAGGAAGCCGACUUCCAAGAAUUAUCAGUUCUUUUCGAUGAAGAUAUCUUCGACUUAUCCUUGAGCUUGUUCUUUUCUCGGGUACGCGAGAAGCAAAAAUUUAGAAACGACCAGGAGUUGAUUCUCAAAUGUUGCAGCUUGGGUGACCUUGCUAUUGAAGAAGAUGCUGUGCAUUGCGGAAAACUAAAGUUGGAUGAUCUGAUCAAACUGUUCAUCGGACUACGGACUAAUUCUGACAAUCCAGACCUGUACAAAUAUAUCCAAUUUGAAGUCUUGACCAGAUCGAGAUUUAUUUCACGAUACGAACGCCUACAAAGUCAGCUGGUUUCCGGGAAAGGGCUGGAAUCCGUCGAGUGGGAAGAAACACCUGACAACCUUCCUCUUCAAUCUGACUUUCUUAUCAUCCUUGGCCUUCUCAACAACAGCAUCCUCCUCGGUCAAGAUGAGCUCGAUGUGGGAUGGAGAAGAUUGGUAAGCGUUGAUUCUACCGUGUGCUCUGAAAGUUCUUCUUCUUUGUUUUGGAGCCUGGUUGACUUGGAUGUUGGAGAUGACAAGUUUAGAAGUGUCAAGACCCUUGGCCUCAGCGUUGGAUUCAGCGUUCACAAGCAAACUUUGGACGAAUUUGACACUCUUGGCUGGCCAUCUGGCCUUGGUGACACCAAACUCUUUUCCUUGAGCAGUUCUACCAAUAGAUCCGUUGAAUCUUCUGAAUGGAAUGGCUCUUUGGUGGUCCAAAACUUGGUCCAAGUAUUGUUUGGCUUUCUCGAGUUUCCAUCCCUUGAUAGCUUGGGCGGUUUCUCUGGUGUUCUUGAAGGACACUCUCAAGUAUGA